AUGGAGUACUCAUAUGCUAGAGAACACUCUCACACUGCCCAUCAUCCAACUAAUUCCCAAGAUAAUGAAAGACAACGCAAUGACUUUACACCGCCGCACCAACCUGGACACGGUGCUGCACCGAUGCACCAGCCAGGAUAUGCUGCUGCAUUGCCUCACCAACCUGGAUAUGGUGCUGCCCCACCGCACCAACUCGGAUAUGGUGCUGCACACAUGCACCAAGCUGGAUAUGGGGCAACAUUACCACACCAACCAGGAUACGGGGCUCCACCACAGCACCAACCAGGAUAUGGGACUGCAUCGUUGCACCACCUUGGAUAUAGGGCCCCACCGUCGCACCAAGCCGAAUAUGGAGUUGCACCGUCACACCAAGCCGAGUUUAGAGCUGUACCAUCGCCCUAA